AUGAGUGUGGGAUGUGUUGGGAUUAGUGGUGGAGUCUCGAUGCCAUUCUGCGUGGCAGCGGAAUGGCAGGAAGUGGAGGAAAAUCACGAGUGCCAGACAGAAUACGCCGAGACCCCGGUGUCAGAUGGGACGAUCGAAGAAAACUUCGAAGAAGAAUUGGGAGCCCUUCACAGCAUAGCCUUCACUGAGGAUGGGAAAGUCGUUCCGAGGUCAUCAUUACAGAAUGCC